UGUGUUUGGCUGGUUACGGCUGAAUGGAAACAGAUACAUGGAGAGCUCGUAAUAUAGAAAUAUGAUGCUUGACAGCUAGCGGGUCUGCUUAAAAGAGGUCAACAUUAUCCUAGAGAGUUCAGAAACGACACGAGCGAUGACAGUGCGCGUCUUCCAACAAGAAAAUACCUCGACUGUAUAAUGUUUUUGACAUUUAUAGUGGUUUUAUAAUUUGCAAAUUACUUCUCAUACCAUCUCAGAAGCUCAUCACUGUUUGGAAUAUUUUUGUUCAUGACUGUCUCUAAUAUAAUCGAAGUGGAGGAGCCACAUUUGGGGGACUGUAAUAUGAAAAAAGAAGCAACUGAAUUUUUAGGGUUUGUUCCGCAAAAAGAUAUUGUUUACAACGAACUUUUGCCUUACAAGGACAAACUAGACGAAGAGUCCAAUGCAUUUUUGGCACAGAUCAAAGGAAACCUCGGCAGAGCCGUCCAACUUAGAGAGAUAUGGCCAGGUGUCUUGUUUUGGACGAGGAAACUUUCCACAUAUCUGCGACUGUAUGGAAGGAAGUUCAGCAAAGAGGACCAUGUGCUCUUUGUCAAGCUGCUGUAUGAGCUGGUCACCAUCCCCAAACUGGAGACCAGUAUGAUGCAGAGCUUCGCCCGUCUCCUCAUCACCCUGCUGAAGAAGAAGGAGCUGCUUGCAAGAGAGGACUUAGAAUUGCCUUGGCGGCCACUUUAUGAGUUGCAGGACAGGAUCCUGUUUUCAAAGACAGAGCACCUUGGCCUGAACUGGUUUCCCAGUUCUCUGCGGCCACACUCUUCCUCUAAACACAUAAUUGUUAAACUUGCUCAGAGGUGCUCAGUGGAAGCAGUUCUGAAGGCUUUAAUCAAGAAUUGCAGACCAUAUUUCCCAGAAUCAGCCACACAGGAGAUGCUGGAAGAGUGGAGGCCUCUGAUGUGCCCAUUUGACGUGACCAUGCAGAAGGCAAUGGGAUGUUUUGAGCUCUUCCUGCCCACCACUCUCCCUCCAGAGCUCCAUGAUAAGGGCUUUAAACUUUGGUUUGAAGAGUUGAUAAGCCUGUGGGUUUCGGUGCAGAACCUUCCAAGUUGGGAAGUGAAUCUUGUCAGCCUUUUUGCAAGACUGGCAAAUGACAACAUUGGUUAUAUAGACUGGGACCCUUAUAUACCCAAGAUCUUCACUAGGAUCUUACGGAGUCUUAAUCUUCCUGUAGGGUCCAGUCAGAUGCUGGUUUCCAGAUAUCUGACAAAUGCCUAUGACAUCAGUCAUGUGGUCAUCUGGAUUUCUGCUUUGCUGGGAGGGCCCAGCAAGCGGACUCAGACCCAGCUCAGUGGCCUUUUCAACAGUAUCGCCUCGUUUUUCCACCCUUCUAACCACGGCCGCUGGCUGAUGAAACUCAUGAAGCUCGUUCAGCGAUUACCUGCUAGCGUUGUGAAACGUCUGCAUCGAGAACGUUUCCGGACGCCAUCGUGGCUGACUCCUGUUCCCGAGAGCCACCUUCUCAGUGAGCAGGACAUCACAGACUUUGUAGAAAGUAUGAAGCAGCCCGUCUUGCUGGCGAUGUUUAGCAAAACUGGCAGUCUGGAUGCUGCCCAGGCCCUGCAAAACCUUGCCCUGCUCAGACCUGAGCUAGUCAUUCCUCCAGUGCUGGAGAAGACAUAUCCUGCCAUGGAGACCCUCACUGAGCCUCACCAGCUGACCGCCACUCUAAGCUGUAUGAUCGGUGUGGCACGGAGCCUUGUAGCCGGGGGCCAGAGGUUUCCAGAGGGUCCCACACACAUGCUGCCUCUCCUCAUGAGGGCUCUGCCUGGGGUCGACCCCAAUGACUUCAGCAAGUGCAUGGUAACAUUCCAAUUUUUAGGGACUUUUGUUACUCUUGUGCCAUUGGUGGACUGUUCAGCUGCUGUUCAGACAAGAAAUGACCUCACACAGGUGGAAAAAGAGUUGUGUUCAGCCUCAGCAGAGUUUGAGGAUUUUGUUCUUCAGUUUAUUGAUAGGUGCUUUGCACUGAUUGACACGAGUACACUAGAACAGACCCGGGAGGAGAUGGAGACAGAGAAAAUGACUCAUCUGGAGAGUCUGGUGGAGCUGGGCCUGUCCUCCACAUUCAGCACUAUCCUCACGCAGUGCUCAAUGGAAAUAUUCCAGGUGGCUCUGGAAAAAGUCUUUAACUUUGCCACUAGAAAUAUCUUUGAGACUCACGUGGCUGGACAGAUGGUGGCGAACAUGUGCCGAGCUGCAACCAAGUGUCACCCUGCAGAGGCUCUGAAACUCUUUUUGCCCCACUGCUGUAAUGCCAUUUUAAAAAUCUCAGCCUAUGAAGAGGUAUUUAAUGAAGAGGAGCUAGAUAAAGAGCUGAUGUGGAACCUCCUGCUGUUGUCUGAGGUGACCCGUGUGGAUGGUGAACAACUGUUACUGUACAAGUCUCAGCUGGUGCAGAUUCUUCAGUUAACUCUGCACCUGAAAUGUAAGCAGGGCUACAAUCUGGCCUGUAAGCUGCUCUAUCACACCCUGCGCUCCAUGUCCCUCAUCUAUCCCAGAGAGUACUGCAGCAUGCCUGGAGGGGUCCAGCAGCACACUGACACAUACCUUCCAAUUAAGGACUGGGGUCGGCCUGGAGACCUGUUGAACCUGGGCAUCCAGUGGCACGUGCCCAGCACAGAAGAGAAAGAGUUAGUUUUUUACUUGCUGGAUCUGUUGUUAAAACCUGAACUCCAGCGUCUGCAGAAACACAUACAGGGAGAACAGGACGUCAGCAGGGAUGAUGUUCUACAGAGUCUGUCCAUUGUUCACAACUGCCUUCUGGGAGCAAGCAGCCUUCUGCCUCCACUGAAUGGAGAACCUGUGCCAGAAAAGAUAAACAGUAUGAUUCAACUAUGCGAGACAAAUGUGUACACUGGAGUAGACUACGACCUGUCUGGAGAGAACUACAGAGAGGACAUCUGUAAGGUGAUUAGACCUCUACUACACCACACUCUAGAGCACUCAGAGGAUGACAUCAAAUCCCUCUUCUCAAUUAUAAAGAUCAUCAACGACCUGCUCCACUUUAAAGGCUCACACAAACAUGAGUUUGACUCGCGUUGGAAAAGUUUCAGUCUCAUUAAGAAGUCCAUGGAGAACAGGCUUCAUGGCAGUAAGCAGCACAUUAGGGCUCUACUCAUAGACAGAGUCAUGUUGCAACAUGAGUUAAGAAAUCUGACCAUGGAAGGAUGUUGCUACAGGAGUGUUCAUCAGGACUUGAUAAAUGACCUGCUCAGACUGUCCACCAGCAGGUACAGUCAGGUGAGGAGUAAAGCUCAGAACGUGCUGUUCACAGCAUUGGGAAACUACAGCUUGUGCUGCAGAGACGUCAUCCCUGCGGUGCUGGAGUAUCUGGACCCAAACCAUACUGACGUCACCCAGCAGCAAUUCAAAGGUGCCUUGUACUGUCUGUUAGGGAACCACUCUGGGAUCUGUCUUGCUAACCUGCAGUACUGGGACUGCAUUGCUCUCACAUGGCCUGCCAUUGUGCGUUCUGGUAUGAGCCCCUCAAUGUCUCUAGAGAAGUCUUCAGUCGUCCGGCUCUUUGAUGAUCUGGCUGACAGAAUCCACCGCCAGUACGAGACCAUCGGAAUUGACUUUUCUAUUCCAGAGAGCUGUGUAGAGGUUGCUCUAAAAUUGAUGAAAUCCAGUAACCCAGAACCGACUCCAUGUGCCGCCUCUGAACAGGAGGAAGUGGAGGGAAGAAAGAGACAGGAACAGAAAAACAUAGACUCAGUGCAGAAGUACAAGAAGCUAGUGAUGGAUCUUUUGGACAGUCUUCACGACGUAAACUUGCCCUGGAAGUUUGAGCAGAUAGCUAUCGGCUUCCUCUCUCUGAUGCUGAGAGAUGACCACCCUUUGCCUUCCUCUGCAGUCCUCUUUUUCGUUGAGAGCCUGAACCACGACUCGCUCUUAGUUCGCAAUUGUGCAAUAUCAGCAGUGAGCGGCAUUCUAAAGCAGCUCAAGAGACCUCACAAGAAAGUGGGAGUGAAUCCCUAUGACAUAUCUGAGCUCAAAACCUCGCUGCAGUCAUCUGGUGGUAAAGCUCUAAGCUCUCUGUUGGUGGGAGACAGGCCUGAUAACCAGUGGCUGCAGUAUGACAGCAGCAGGUUGCCACGCUCCCAGCAGGACUGGAAUGAAUGCUGCUUCAUUGAGAAAACCCACUGGGGCUAUUCCACAUGGCCACAGACGCUGAUGCUCUAUGCCCCUCUUGAGGAACAGCCCAAACAGGGCAAAACAAGAGAAGAGAUGAAUGAAAGUGAACAGAUCAUAUAUGAUCAUUUCUCAGACCAGCAGUUCAUCGAUCAGUUCAUCCAGUAUUUGUCUCUGGAGGACAGAAAGGGGAAAGAUCAAUUCAGCCCACGACGAUUUUGCCUCUUUAAGGGUCUUUUUCGGAACUUUGAUGAUGCCUUCCUGCCUCUGCUGAAGCCUCAUAUGGAGCGUCUGGUUGCAGAUUCCCAUGAGAGCCCCCAGCGCUGUGUGGCGGAGAUCAUCUCUGGACUCAUCAGGGGCUCCAAACACUGGAGCUACAGCAAGGUGGAAAAACUGUGGGCUCUGCUGUGUCCACUCCUCCGUAAAGCUCUUUCCAAUAUCACCAUUGAGACGUAUGCGGACUGGGGCACCUGUAUCGCCACCGCCUGUGAGAGCCGAGACCCACGAAAGCUGCACUGGCUGUUCGAGAUGCUGAUGGAAUCUCCGGUCACUGGAGAAGGAGGCUCAUUUGUGGAUGCCUGCCGUCUGUAUGUGCUGCAGGGAGGUCUUGCUCAGCAGGAAUGGAGAGUUCCAGAGUUGCUUCACAGGUUACUACAGUACCUAGAACCCAAACUCACUCAGGUCUACAAGAAUGUACGUGAACGCAUCGGCAGUGUGCUCACCUACAUCUUCAUGAUCGACGUGAACCUGCCACACACUCAGCCCACCGCAUCCCCGCGCAUCGCAGAGUUCACAGAGCGUGUGCUGGCCAGGCUCAAGCCUUUAACGGAGGGCGAGGAAGAGAUCCAGAACCACGUUGUAGAGGAGAACACAGAGGGAGAUCAAGAUGAGAGGAAACAAGCCAUCAAAUUACUCAAAACUGUGUUGAAGUGGUUGAUGACCAGUGUUGGACGCUCCUUCUCUUCUGUGGUCCCAGAGCAGCUUCGUCUCCUCCCUCUACUCUUUAAAAUUGCUCCUGUGGAGAAUGACGACAGCUAUGAUGAGAUGAAGAGAGAUGCUAAGACAUGUCUGUCUCUUAUGUCCCAGGGACUGCUGUACUCAGAGCAGAUCCCACAAGUCCUCAAUGCACUUGAGGAGAUUUCGAGGAGCAGCUCAUGGCACGCACGUUACACUGUUCUCACAUACCUGCAGAUCAUGGUUUUCUACAAUCUUUUCACUUUCCUCAGUGAUGCCAAGGCUGUCAGUGACGUGAGAGCGCUAGUACUGCGCCUGCUGGAGGAUGAACAACUUGAGGUGAGGGAGAUGGCCGCCACCACUAUAAGUGGAUUCCUGCAGUGUAAUUUUCUCAGCAUUGAUGAACCCAUGCAGGCCCAUUUUGAGGCCCUGAGCAAAACCCGUCUGCCCAAACGCAAGAGGAGAGAGCUGUGCUCAGUGGUGGACACGAUCCCUUCUGCUGACCUGGUGCGGCGACAUGCAGGUGUAUUGGGUCUGAGUGCCUGCAUCCUGUCCAGCCCGUAUGAUGUGCCCACCUGGAUGCCCCAGAUCCUAAUGGACCUGAGUGCCCACCUCAACGACACACAGCCUAUAGAGAUGACUGUGAAGAAAACCCUGUCGGAUUUCCGUCGCACUCAUCAUGAUAACUGGCAGGAACACAAGCAGAAGUUCACAGAUGACCAGCUGCUUGUGCUCACAGAUCUGCUGGUCUCCCCCUGUUACUACGCUUAGAAGGAUGUCACUGUCUGGUGAAGGGAAAUGGCAAAGCUAACUGAAACCUGAAUUUUUGUUUGCUCUGAAUGUCUGGGAUUGUUUGUAGGAAGGAAAAUUAAAUAAUCGCAUGUAGCAAAAGAUGCAAUCAUCUAGUUAUGAGAUAACUAGAAUAUUUUACUUAACUUGUUUUUUAUUAAUUUUUUUUGAAUACACUUAAUAUUUAAGGGGAACUUUAUUGCAGGUAUCGCUGAGCUGCAUCUAUAAUGGUCUUGUAUAGAUUUCAGUUUCCGCUUGUUUGAGUGCAGUAUGGAUUGUUAUAGCCCAAUAUAAAGCAGUUUUCUGCACUGCUUGCUCUGCAUUUAUUGUAAUACUAGCAUUUUACAGUUUUAGCAGUAAUCUGUUUGAAAUGUGUACACGUUAUGCUGAUAAAUGUUACGUGUGUGUAUGAGGUAAAAGUACCAAUACCCUUUUUUUUCUUCUACUUUUUGAAGUAGAACUGUAAAUUUCCUCCUGCCUCAUAGAGACAGUGUGCAUUUUGAACAGUUAUGUAAGCCUACAUAAAUGAAAGAGUGUAAGAUUAUAUAAUUUGGUGAUGCUAUUCUUCAGUUGUCAUGCCAAUACAGCUGAACUAAACUAAAAAUUCAGUGUAAUCACAAUGGAUGGUGUUACAAAAUAGUAGUCCAUGAGAUUUAAAACUCCUCCCUCCUGCACUUCAUGCAUCUUUUUUUCUAUUAGUAUUUUUGCAGUCAAUAAAUGUUUACCAUUUAUUAAUUAAUUUAAUUAAAAUUUUUAGUCUUUCCUUUGCAUUUAGUGUUUGCCGUUUUUGCUUCAAGCCAGUUGUUCUCAUCUCCAGCUUUUUAAAGGAACUGCCAGCAAAUGUGGAGACAGUGUCAUUGACACUUGACGUUAGCAAGCAUUGCUGAACCUAUUAGUAGCAACAGUCGUAGACCAUACAUUAAUGCCAAGGUUUUUUUUGGCAAGCUUACAUUUUAUGUAUAAUUCACGCUGUGUCAAAAUCAUGUCAUAAGCCAAUGUGUAGUUCAACUUUGGUUGGUAAACUAGAACACAAUUAUGCUGUAAUGCUAUGCUAAUGCUUGACUGACUGAUUACUUUUUAUUUCCUUGAUAUUCCUUUUACAAAUAUUUAACAAAGUCAUCAGAUGUUUGUAAUAAAGUGUGACAAAUCA